AUGACCCAGACAAUUAAGCUAGCAGAAUACUUGUUCAAGCGUCUCAAGCAAUUAGGAGUGGGGUCGAUCCAUGGCGUUCCUGGUGACUAUAAUUUGACACUCCUCGACUAUGUCGAACCUGCAGGGAUCCACUGGGUUGGCAACUGUAACGAGCUCAACGCCGGCUACGCUGCGGAUGGGUACGCCCGAAUCAACGGUAUUGGGGCACUCAUCACGACAUUUGGAGUCGGCGAGUUGUCAGCCAUCAACGCGAUCGCAGGCGCGUAUACGGAACGCGCAGCAGUCGUGCACAUAGUCGGUACCCCGGCCCGCGCAUCCCAGGACAACCGUCUGCUCAUCCACCACACCUUCAAUGAUGGCGAGUACCGCAGAUUCGGGCAAAUGCACGCACAUGUGACUAUUGCUCAGACAAGCCUGAGAGACCCUCGGACCACCCCAGCGCAGAUCGACCACGUCUUGCAGCAAUGUAUUAUUCACAGCCGUCCAGUGUACAUCGAGGUGCCUGUUGAUCUAGUCGGUGCAUCAGUUGCAGAAGACAGCCUCUCGACGCCUCUUCAGAUACCCAAUGCCAUUCACACUCCUGCACAUGACCAAGCGCUGCAGAAGGUCUUUGACAGAGUUUAUGCUGCAAAACAACCUAUCAUUCUUGUCGACGGUGAGAGCAGGGCCCUGAAUAUCGUCGAAGAGGUGCAGCAGGUGGUCGAGGCCACCAAGUGGCCCACGUGGACCACCACAUUCGCCAAAGGCCUGUUGGACGAAACGCUUCCCAACGUUCAUGGCAUCUACCAAGGCACCUUCGAUAGCCAGGAGGCACAAGACUUUUUCAAUGGUUCCGACCUCGUCAUCUGCUUUGGCCCUCAUUUCAGCAGCACGAACUCGUACUCGUACACGAGUAUUCCAAAAGCAGAGCUGACAAUCUCUUUCUCCGACACCGAAAUCAAACUGGGGAACGAAGUGUUCCGUGAUAUCCCCGCCAAGCACGCUGUAGCCCUUUUCCUCAAGCAGCUCGAAUUGUCGAAGAUCAAGUCCUACAGCCCAUAUCCUACACUCUUCCGACCUGCGGCCGUUCAAUUCUCGUCGGUUCACAGCGAUGGGGCUAUCUCACAGGACAAGCUCUGGGGCCUUUUAUCCAACUUCCUGGAGCCUGGAGACAUUGUCUUUGGUGAGACGGGCACAGCUGGCUACGGAAGCCGCGUAAUGCCUCUGCCGAAAAACACACGCCUGUUCACUCCCGUUACCUGGUUGUCGAUAGGUUACAUGCUACCUGCUUCUCAGGGUGCUGCUUUGGCACAGCGAGAACUCAUUGCCAAGUCCAGGUAUCAUGACCUCAAAGAUGCUAGGACUAUCCUCCUUAUCGGCGAUGGAAGCUUCCAGAUGACAGCGCAGGAGCUGUCCACCAUCAUCAAGGAAAACCUGAACCUCGUCUUAUUCCUGAUCAAUAAUGACGGGUACACUAUUGAACGGUGCAUCCACGGUCUCAACCAAGGCUACAAUGACGUCGCCCGCUGGAAUUACUUGCUAACUCCUGCCGCUUUUGGAGCCAGGGACGACACAUUUACGGCAACCGCCAAGACAUGGGGCGAUCUAGAGAAAGUUUUGGUUGACGAGCGACUCGUCACGAGCAAAGGGUUACGAAUGGUGGAGAUCUUUAUGGACCGUGAGGACGCGCCGGCCGGUCCGUUACUCAAGAUGAUAAAUGCACAAAAGGAGGCGGAACAGCGCGCCGCUGGCAAUGCAUAG